AUAAAGUUGUGCGUCCCCGCUCUGUAUGUUGGGAUAACACUGCUGGAGGCUGCUCGGGAACUUUAGGAAUGGCGCAAGACACGCAACUCCAUCCGGGCAAAAUACUGAUGCAAACGCCAUCCACACAUGCUCAGCGUCUUUAGUAAAUGCUCUUUUGUCCCGUGGAUCAUCGAGAAAGUGGGUAAUUGUGUAAAGACAGCAUAACUGCAUGAUUUGUGAGGGUAUUCAACAACACGUCGCCAAAGUUUUUUGCCGCUAACCUGCUCUCCUCUCCAUAUUUUUUAUGCCAAUAUCAUGCCAUCUUUGAUGCUGUAAAGUUUGAUGCAGAAAAGCAGUGUGCAGCCUGGCUGAAGAUACACAAGCACACACACCUGCUGCUGCUGCUGCUGCUGUUCGAGUUUAUUUAGGGACACAUCUGGAUUGAUUGUCCUCUUUCUGGAUUAAACAUGAAAGUGACAGUGAGUUUUGGAAGGACUGGCGUUGUUGUCCCAUGUAAGGAAGGAUGGACAGUGCGGGAUCUCAUCCAGCAAGCCACCCAGAGAUACAGAAAACUACUGGAGCAGGAGGGAGAUUUCCUGGUACGAACCCACCAUGUUGAAUACUGCGAUGGGGGUAUUCUGGACCCUGAUGAUGUGCUAACAGACCUGGUGGAGGACAAGGACAAGCUGAUCGCUGUGUACGAGGAACAGGAGGCCCAGCAGAGGGGCGCCAUGAGUCCCGGGAAUGGAACAAGGACAAGUAGCAGCCUAACGGGACAGUCCAGCCCAGAACCCUAUGACUCUGAACUCUCAUGCUUCCAGCCAAUCAAAGGAGGAGAAAUUGAAGUCAACUCCUCUGCCCUCAAGUCCAGUACUCCUCUGCUGGUACGGAGCAGUAGCGAUUCUGCUCUUGGACCUCCUCAGAUGGAAGAUGGCAGAGCCAUGGGGAUGCAUGUUCAGGCUGACAUGGACUUUACGGCCAAGGGAACCGGCAACAACAAAUCUGGCUCUUUUAGUGUCAACAGCCUCACAAAGACGGUGGAGAUUUCAGGAGAACAAGGGCCUCUAGGAAUACACGUGGUGCCGUACUGUUCCUCUCUCAGUGGAAGGGCUCUGGGCCUGCACAUUCGAGGCGUGGAGGAGAACAGUCGCUCCAAAAGGGAAGGCAUCUUUCAGGACGAUGAGUGUAUUGUUAAAAUUAAUGAUGCUGAAUUAAUGGACAAAUCCUUUUCACAAGCACAGGAAAUAUUCCGUCAAGCCAUGCGUUCACCCAUCGUUCGUUUAGAAGUUGUUCCAGUCUUUAAUAAAGAACGGUUUGAGAAGACUGUGAUCGGCCACCUCUUCAACUCAGAAAGCCCAGAUGUAUCCACACGGACCAAAGAACCUCCGCCGCUGAAGGUGAAGCCCAUGGUGAGGCCUGUGGAGUCAUCCUCAGGAUGUCAAGCCGAGUUUCAGGAGUCCAGCAGCAGUCCUGAGAGUCGCUCUCUGGGCUCUCCAUUACCCCUCAGCCUCUCUCCCACCCCCAGAGGCAAGAGUGCUGAAAGCCCCCUCCUGAAAAACAGCUUGGGACCAUCGCCUCUACAAAUCCACAACAAAAAGGGUGGAAAGAGACUCAGAAUUGACCUUAAGAAAGGUCUUGAAGGUCUGGGCUUCACCGUUGUGACCAGAGAUUCUUCAGUGCACGGACCCGGCCCCAUCCUCGUCAAAAACAUCUUACCCAGAGGAGCUGCUGUCAAAGAUGGCCGCCUGCAGUCAGGAGACAGGAUACUAGAAGUGAACGGUGUGGACAUUACAGGCCGUUCUCAGGAGGAACUGGUGGCCAUGUUACGCAGUACUAAGCAGGGGGAUAGUGUUUGUCUGGUUGUGGCCAGACAGGAAGACAUGUUCCUUCCACGUGAGCUGAAAGAGGAGCAGGCCCGCUUGCUGCUGUCUGAGGAAGGGAAGGAGCAGCUGAUGUUUGAGGUCCCUCUCAAUGACUCGGGCUCAGCUGGGUUAGGGGUCAGCCUGAAGGGUAAUAAGUCUCGUGAGACUGGCGAGGACCUGGGCAUCUUCAUCAAGUCCAUAAUCCAUGGAGGAGCAGCUUUUAAGGAUGGGCGUCUACUUGUCAAUGACCAGCUGAUUGCCGUUAAUGGUGAACCGCUCUUGGGGAAGUCCAACCAUGAAGCCAUGGAGACCCUGCGGAGAUCCAUGUCCAUGGAGGGGAACCUGAGAGGAAUGAUCCAGUUGGUGGUGCUCCGUGCUGUAGUACCACCUAACCAGGAGUUCCAGGAAGCACGGCGAAUUCUCAAUCGAUCCUUUGAUAGCUGCGUGGGACAGGCAGGGCACCUCGGCCAAUCAGAUGGCAGCACUCAGCCCCCCAUGGUGAUGAACAGCAUCUAUGAGCGAUGUGCGGUUUCAAAUGGGGGAUACAAUCACAUGGAAGAGGGGGAUGAUGAAGGCUUCGCCACUAAUCCUCAUAGACAGGACAGCCUGAAGCUCCAGCAGAGUCCGAGUUCGGGUCUUUGUUCAGCUGACACUUCUUUGACUGACGGAGGUCAGCAGAAUCAUGUGAAGUCAUCUAAGAGCAUGGAUCUGGUGAGCGGUGGGGUGGAGUUGGGACCCACAUUAGGCCUAAAGAAGUCCAGCUCUCUAGAGAGUCUGCAGACCGCCAUGACAGAGGCCAAGAGAAACGAACUGCUGCCCUUCCACAGGCCCCGCCCACAUAUGGUUAGAGGGCGUGGCUGCAACGAGAGCUUCCGAGCAGCAAUCGACAAAUCAUACGACGGACCGCCCGAGGAUGACGAUGAUGAGGGGUCCGACCAGAGCUCUGGACGAGACACUCCGGCCAGUGGCUCCUCCAGACAAGGUGCGGGAGACAAUGAGGAGAACAAGAAAGACAAAAAGAAGAAGGCCAAAGGCAAAAAGAAAGACAAGUUGAAAAGCAAAGGAAAGGAAAAAGAGAAGAAGAAAUCAGAAGAGGUCGGUGAUGAGUUGGAUAAGAAGACCAAGAAGAAAGGAUUCGGGUUGCUGAGAUUUGGAAAGAAAAAAGAAGAAAAGAGCAAGACGGAGACAAAAAUGAAUGCACAGAAGCAGACGUCAGAAAUUCUGAGUGAGGAAGAGUUGGAGAGGAUGAAGGAAGAGAGAGAAAGAAUUGAGGCCAAACACCAGGAAUUGAGGGAACGCCAAGUUCGGGACCGCUUCUCCCCACCUGACGUAGAGGAUGAUGACCUGGACCCGAACUACGCCCGCAUCAACAACUUCAGGGAGCGCGGAUCACCUUCCCAGCCGCUAUACGGGAACCGCAGCAACUCCCCGCAGAGACCCCCGCCCCCAGUGUCCCACAGCAGAGAGCCGUCCACAGAAGACCCUCUGGACGGCCUGUACGCCAAAGUCAACAAACAGCGAAGCCCUCCACCUGCUGCUGCGGACAGCAGUAUGGACCGUAUCCAGCAGCUGAGGAGGGAGUAUCUUCAAGCUCGUAUAGACGGAGCAGCUCCAGCCUAUGAGGAACUGGAGGCCCGACGGAGAGGACCAGAGUACGAACAACACAGAAAGAUCCUACAUGUUUGGAAAGACAUGAGGAUGCCAGUAAGAAACCCUGACCCCAGACUGACGCCACGCUAUGAGGAUGCCGAGCGACAGUACGCCUCUCUGCCCAGAAGAGCACCAGUCGAACCUAUUGAGUAUCCGGUGCAGCCGUGGGCUGGACACAGGGACCCUAUGCACUACCCGAACCCACAGUCAGGCUACCACCUCAGCUACCCUCCCAGGGAUAACUACCCUCACCCGGUAGACCCUCGGCAGAAUGACUCAGGGUUCUAUCACCCUCCUCCACAGCAGAGAGGCCCCCUUCGGCAGGAUGUGCCCCCUUCUCCCACCAUACCCCUCCGAGGCCCUCGCUUCGACACCAUGAACCGCGGAGGCUACCGCAACAGCAGCCCAGAGCGCUAUGCGUACGGAGAAACACGACACUCGGACCCGAGACAGAAGAGUCCGAUGACGGCGGCUGUUUAACCUCACCAUUUGUUUUUUACCAUGUGUACGACGUUUCUAGAGCAAGCACCAGUGCGCCCACUAUCAUGGACAGGUGUUUACAUGUUUUUUACUAACAAUUUUGCUUUGUAAUAUCCCGUCUUAAUAGCCAAAGCUGCGUCUUAGAGUCCUGAUGCAGCAUUUGCAGGGACAGUGAUCCAUAUGUAACUCAGUCCCACUCAGACGGUCCCUCCAUAUGCCUGUGUGUCUGUAGGAUGAAUGCUGGCCUUCGGAUGAUUGGCUAGAUCCAGUUAUAAACACAUUCCAGCACCACUUUUAUUGGCACAUUAUUGUACAAUCUUUGCAACGGCAAUUUGAAACUGUGGUAUAUGUGUACUACUGUGUGUCUGCUUGCAUGUUUAAGGAUGAAAGGGCGUUAUUUUAGAGCACUCCAUAUACUCUUUUUGAAUUUAGCUUUUCUAUUAUGGAAGGAUAUUAAGCCACCGUAUGAGAUGCAAAACGUGUCGCUAUGAACAACAGCUUAGAAUAUUUACUUUUUUACACAUAGAUUUGGUCAUGCUUAACAGAAAAGUAUGACUAUUUCAUACUGAGAAUUCUAGUAGUCUGGAAUAAAUAAAUGUAGCACUCAUGCUAACUGUCCUGAAUGUGAAGUCAUAUAAACAAACAGAGGAAGAUGAAGAAAAGAGGUUGUUUUUCAGGAAAAGGAAAGGAGAGUCUAAAGAACCUCUGACACAGAGGAAGGAUGAGAACCGCACGUCUUCCUGGGCUUACAGCAUUCCCACCUGAAUCCACACCUAUGAAUGGGCUGCCUGCCAUUUUACCCCACUAAAAUAGGGUUUGUUUUAAGAUUCUUUACUUUUGAUAGUAUUUCAGUCAUGUUUAAUGAUUUCACAUGUAUUUUGGUACAAAAACUCUCUCUGUAUUCAGAGUUCAGGCAACAUGAUAAAUAAAAGUAUUAUUGAUUGUAGUAUGAGAUAAUCAUGUGAACCUCCUAUGUAACUUUUUACAAAACAGAAUGAUCUGUGCACCUAGUAUCACUGUAUACAUUAAUAAUAUGUACAAAAUGUUGUCUUUUAUAUAACACAUUUUCAAUAAAUAUGCAUUUGAAACAAUAA